CGGCGGAGGGGUGGGGUGGGGAGGCGGGUGCUGCCGGCGCCUUCGCCAGAGCAGAGCUUGAUUUGAGAGAGGCCUGUUGUGACCGUGGCCUCCCCGCGGCAGCCGGGGCCGGGCUGCCUAGAAGGGGCAGGCCCGGGAGAGCAGCAAUUGGCACGCUUCUCCUGAAGCCCGGAAAAGCUGCCCCCAGAGCCGCCCUUGCCAUUGAAUAUCGUGGGGGCCCUGCAGCACCUGGGUGCGCCGGGGCUUGGCGUCAGCCGCAUGGCAGUGGAGAUUGAAAAGAAAACGACUUAUCAAGAGCAAACAUGCAGAGCACUUCAAAUUAUCUGUGGCUUUUGUCUGAUGUUCUGGGACAAGGAGCAACUGCAAAUGUUUUUCGUGGACGGCAUAAGGUUUGUACAGAGGAAACAAGCUGGACACCAUAUCAGAAAACUGGAGAUUUAUACGCUGUCAAAGUAUUUAACAGCAUAAGCUUCCUUCGUCCUGCGGAAGUUCAAAUGAGAGAGUUUGAAGUCUUAAAGAAGCUGAAUCACAAGAACAUUGUCAAAUUGUUUGCUAUUGAAGAAGAGACAACCACUAGGCACAAAGUACUUGUUAUGGAAUUUUGUCCUUGUGGGAGCUUAUACACAGUGUUAGAGGAGCCGUCUAAUGCCUAUGGACUUCCAGAAUCUGAAUUCUUAAUUGUGCUGAGAGAUGUUGUGGCUGGGAUGAAUCAUCUCCGUGAGAAUGGAAUAGUGCACCGUGAUAUAAAACCAGGCAAUAUAAUGCGUGUUGUAGGUGAAGAGGGCCAUUCUGUUUACAAACUGACAGAUUUUGGAGCUGCUAGAGAAUUAGAAGAUGAUGAACAAUUUGUUUCCCUCUAUGGCACAGAAGAAUAUUUGCAUCCUGAUAUGUAUGAGCGAGCUGUGUUAAGGAAAGAACAUCAGAAAAAAUACAGAGCAACAGUUGAUCUAUGGAGCAUAGGGGUGACAUUUUACCAUGCUGCAACAGGGAGUUUACCAUUCCGACCUUUUGAAGGACCUCGCAGAAACAAGGAAGUGAUGUAUAAAAUUAUCACUGGAAAGCCUUCUGGUGCUGUUUCCGGAGUGCAGAAAGCAGAAAAUGGACCAAUCGAGUGGAGUUGGGAGAUGCCUAUUUCCUGUAGUCUUUCUAAGGGCCUACAAGUACUGCUCACACCUGUUCUUGCAAAUAUUCUUGAAGCAGAUCAAGAGAAAUGCUGGGGAUUUGACCAGUUUUUUGCAGAGACAAGUGACAUACUCCACCGAAUAAUAAUUCAUAUCUUCUCACUACAGCAAAUGUCCUUACACAAAAUUUAUAUUCACAGCUACAAUACAGCUGCUAUAUUUCAUGAAUUGGUCUACAAACAGACAAAAAUAAUUUCUCAGAAUCAAGAACUGAUCUUUGAAGGUCGCCGUUUAGUGUUAGAUCCUGGCAGAUUGGCACAGCACUUCCCCAGAACCACUGAAGAAAAUCCCAUAUUUGUUGUAAGCAGGGAGUCUGUGAAUACCGUAGGAUUAAUCUAUGAAGCAGUUUUACUUCCUAAAGUACCUCCACGGUAUGACUUAGAUGGUGAUGCCAGUAUGGCUAAAGCAGUAACAGGUGUUGUAUGCUAUGCCUCUAGAAUUGCCAGUGCUUUGUUGCUUUACCAGGAAUUGAUGCGAAAAGGAAUAAGGUGGCUAAUUGAAAUAAUCAAAGAAGAUUACAAUGCAAUGUUGCACAAGAAGACAGAGGUUGAGAUUAAGCUGGAUUUCUGCAACAGAAAUGUUGAAAGGGCUGGAAAAAUGUAUGAGAAUCUACUGCAAAUCAAUUUGGAAACAACAGAAAUGGAUGAGAUUUCUGACAUACACACUAAACUGGUGCGGCUUUCCAGCUCUCAGGGAACAAUAGAGACCAGUCUUCAGGAUAUCAAAGGCAAACUCUCUCCUGGUGGGUUGCUGGUUGAUACCUGGGCAAAUCAGGAAGGCACACAUCCAAGAGACAGGAAUCCGGAGAAACUGCAAGUAUUGCUGAGUUCUAUCACUGAUAUUUAUUAUCAAUUCAAAAAAGACAAAGCAGAACGUAGACUUCCUUAUAAUGAGGAACAAAUCCACAAAUUUGACAAGCAGAAGCUGUAUUUGCAUGCCACAAAAGCCAUAUCUCUGUUCAAAGAUGAAUGUGUCAGCAAGUAUGAUACAUUUCUGGACAAGGCUGAGGAUUGGAUGAGAAAAAUGCUUCAUUUACGGAAACAGUUACUGACUCUUACCAACCAGUGUUAUGACACUGACGAAGAGAUAUCCAAAUACCAGGACUAUAUAAAUGAGUUACAGGACACUCUGCCACAAAAAAUGUUUGCUGCUUCUGCUGGAAUGAAACCUACCAUGAAUCAAGUUUAUCCAAGUUCAAACACAUUAGUGGAAAUGACUCUUGGCAUGAAGAAAUUGAAAGAAGAGAUGGAGGGUGUUGUUAAAGAAUUAGCUGAGAAUAAUCACAUUUUAGAAAGGUUUGGUGCUUUGACUAUGGAUGGUGGCCUUCGGAAUGUAGACUGUAUCUAGCCUUCAAAGAAGCCUAAAAAGACUUGUUAGGUUUUUGGAGAAAAAAAUGCUGUCUGGGGCAUUUAAGUGCAGAAAACAAUUCUGUACCUACUUGUGUCUUCUGUAAUUCUAGUAUUUAACAAAUUGUGUAAAUAUGUAUUAUACUGUAAAUAUAAAAAUGAUAUCUUUUUUGUUAAUGUUAAAAUGGAAUGGCUCUUCAUGUUUAAAUUACCCUGGGGAACAUGCUUGUUCAAAGAACUCUAGCAAAGGUUAAUGGCAAAUGCAUUGAUAAAUUGUCAUUUAUUUGCUGUGAAUGUUGACCCUUCUUGCAUCUUGAUGAGUAUUACUUCAGUAUGUAGUUGAGGACACUGCUCAUCAUCUGUGAAAUUUGAAGACCAUUUUGCCUUGCCUUGCUUCUGUAAUUCAGUAUGAACAGGAGCUAUGAAUACAGGAGAGAGAGAGAGAGAGAGAUGCAUUUCUUCCUCAUCCCCUUGAAAGCUAUCAGUAUGCUUACAUGUGAGAGAACAUAUACAAAUAAUUUUUUAAAUUACAUUCUUAUUCCGCUCCAUAUUUGGCACCAUAUUCUCUGUAGUUAUUGUAUGACUAUAUUCUAAGCUAAUACAGUCGGCUUAUAGAAGGGUAGGUGUUCUGACUUGCAAAUUCCGGAUCAAAGUACAAAACUUUAAAUAUUUAAAAGAACGCUUGACUCAUUUUGUAGAGCACAGCAGCCUCAGAAUUCAUCUGGAGGCUUGGUUCUUACUGUGAGUGAAAUAUUCUUGUUAAAGAUAAGGUUUUAUUAAAAUGGCUUUUCUCAGCCUCCUAUUUAGAGGGUCACCAUGAGAGUAAAGAGAAGACAAGGGGCCUCAGCAUGAUGGUUGUUCAUUGUUGGAAGUCAUAAGCCAGACUCAGUAGUUUUAUUAUUAGAAAAAUAAUUUAUUAAUUUAAUUCUCAGAAAGGGACCAAACCUACCAAAGAAAGAUGAUGUUGCUUAUUUUAUGGCCAGUUUGCUAAACUUGGCAGUAAAAAGAUGAAUGUCUGUGGCUUCUUCUACCUUUUAGCUUUUGUCACUUAAAAAACUUGCAGUCAGAAGCAGCUAUUAAAUACAAACAUUAGUGGAAGCAAAACCAGUAAUUUCACCCAGCCUAACUCCAGUUAAUGGUUUUUCUCAACUUCAAACUACACAGCUCAACCCAAACAAAGCAUGAAAUAAUCUGCUUUGAAAUGUAUAAAAUUAACAUUGAAACAAAUAUCCUAUCUUGUCUAGAAGAAUGUAUAGUGGAAAGAGGUUCUGUAGUAAAUCUGUAUUACUUUUCCAUUUGCAGCCAUUCCUAAUUGUUAAAAUUGGACAUGUGGUAGUAUGCGGCCCCUCUUUUAGAUGGAUCCCAGGUUAUUUAGGGUUUUUUGUAAUAAUAAAAAACAGCCAACUAAACAGCUGUGUAUAAAACUCAAUUUGCUGUUUCCCUUUCUGUUUCUAGUGCAGAACAGGAAUAAAAACUUCAAAAUAUAACUAAAUAUUUUCAUUUUAUACUUAAAAUAAUAGCUUCUCAAGUUUUUAUUUAUGGUUAGUUGCUCUAAUAUUAAAGUAAGGGAUAUACAUUGCUUUACUGUCUUUGAUACUAGGUUCCCAUUUUGAAUGAUGGUCUUGGAUUUCCUUCUGACUACUUGCUCCUUACCAACUUGAAAUGUUAGCUGAACUAAUGAAAAAUCAUUUAAACAUCUGUAGGAGGAAUGAUGCAUCUUCGUUUGUGAAUUUUUUGGGGAAAAUUACUGUGCAAAAUGGCAGCCUUGUUGUUGCAUAAAAAUUAAGGGGUGGGGGUCGGGGCGGGGGUUCUGGGUUUGUCAUGGCAUUCAAAAUGUUUACUUCACUGUUAUCUACGUGCGAAUGAUUUUACUCAUGCCAGCAAUCCCAUUGAAAAUUUUAUGCACAGAGAUGUUAGAGCAGUGAUUCUCAGUCUUAUUGAGUCACCCCUCCAUAUCUUUUGUGAAUUGAACAGCACCCAAUUAAAGAGAAAUGUCUGUAUAUUUGAGUGCUUACCUCCUUGCAGAGGGCCUGGGCAGUGGGGUAGGAGUUCCUCCAGGCAGAAAGAAGCCUGAGCCUGUGUUUGUCUGUCUAGUUUACCUGCUUAUGUCCUCUGUGUUAGAGAAUUGGGUCCUUAAAUUGCACAUACAUGUAUAUUAGAAUUCCUGCAAUUUUCUCUAAUGCCUAACGUUAAUUAUUUUAAGGAAUCUUAAUUUUGCAAAAUAAAUUGAUUUGCUGGUUGGAGUAUCUAGUUUUUUUAAUGAAAGAAACAAGGAGUCGGCUACAGACAUCUUGUUUGCUUACACUGAAGCAGGUUGAAUGGUGGAAGGUUAAUUGUUGUAAGCAUCUAUUUUGUAUACCACAGUAUACACUGGCUUACUACUGUCACAAGAAUGAAAAUGUUGCUGUUUUGUAUCAUGUUGCUUUAUAACAUGUUAAUUUUAAAAUACUGCUGGUUUUAGUUUUGUGAGCACAUCAGUAAUGUAUAUAGGCUUGUUAAAAAUCAUUGUGGGAAAUGUAUCUUGUUACACUAUCACCAAUAGACUUUUAGUCAACUGUAGUAAACAAUCAGUAAGAUGAUUGCUUUUUAUGAAAAAUCUUAUUGGCCUUGAUGCAUAAUUCUGUACCAUGCAACUGGUUGUGUUCUUACCAAGUGUCCUGAUACUAUCCAUCAUUCUAUGAGGUAUUGUAGGCUUGGUUUAAAAAAAUAGGCAAUGAAAAAUAAUGUCGUUUUUCCAUCUGAAACUGAUUUACUGUUUUGGGGUUCUACUGUAAUGCACUACUAUAAUCCAUUAAUUUAACAAGCCUGUCUACAUAUUAGUUGUAAAAAUGCAUGAGUGAAUUACUGUUUAGAUGAAUACGUCGCUAUAUUUCCAUGAUGUGUUUUAAUAAUUUACGCCUUCUUGUCUUUUUUUUUUUUUACUUAAAACUAUAUUGGCUUCUUACUUUUCACAAGAAAACAUUUGUUACCUUCUCUAAAUCCAGGGAAUUAAAGGG